CUUGAGAAACUGCACUACUUUAUAUAGAGUUCGUCUAGAUGGAAAUCAACUGACUGGAAAUAUAUCUGAAGUUUUUGGCAUCUAUCCAAACUUGUAUUACAUAAACAUUGCCAACAAUAAACUUUAUGGUGAACUUUCACCUAACUGGGGAAGGAGCUCAAUACUAACAGAUCUAGAACUCGGGGGAAAUAAUAUUAGUGGUACCAUACCAUCUGAGAUAGGAAACAUAACUAAACUAAGUGUUCUUGAUCUUUCUUCAAAUCAUUUAGUUGGGGAGAUUCCUAAGGAAUUGGGAAGGUUGACUUCUUUGCUGAAGCUUAUAUUGAGCAACAAUCAACUUUCAGGUGGUAUACCUUCAGAGGUUGGAUCCUUGACAAACCUUGAUUAUGUUGACUUGUCCAAUAACAAAUUGAGCAAGUCCAUUCCAGGAAGUGUAGGUAGCUUCUCAAGCCUAUUUUAUAUGAAUUUGAGCUACAAUGAGUUUAGCCAAGGAGUUCCAAUUCAGGUGGGAAAGUUAGUUCAGUUGUCCGUGCUAGAUUUGAGUCAUAACCAUCUCACAGGAGAGAUACCAAUGGAGUUUAUGAACUUGCAAAGCUUGCAGAACAUGAAUAUAUCCCAUAACAAUUUCUCUGGUACUUUAACAACUUUUGAGAAACUGUACGGCUUGUUGGAUGUCAACAUAGCAUACAAUCAAUUCCAGGGUCAGAUUCCUAACAUCAAAGCAUUUCAAGAUGCUCCAAUUGAAGCAUUGAAGGGGAACAAGGGAUUGUGUGGAGAGGUGAAAGGACUACAACCAUGUCAACUGAUCACCACAGACAAAAAACAGAGAAUCCAUGAUCUCGUGUUCAUGAUCAUAUUUCCCCUCUUGGGAGUAUUUGUACUACUAUUUGCAUUUAUGGGACUGACAAGUUUCAUAAGAAAAGGGAGACAGCCACGAAAAAUACAAAAUGAAAACUUGUAUCCCAUAUCAACCUUUGAUGGGAAAGAAAUGUAUAAAGAAAUUUUAGCAGCCACUGAGAAUUUUGAUGCCAUAUAUUGCCUUGGGAGUGGUGGAUAUGGAAGCGUUUAUAAAGCACAAUUGCCUUCAGGUGAUAUUAUAGCUGUAAAGAAAAUCCACGCUUCAUCGUGUGAUGGUGAUUUGACAGAUCAGAAGGAGUUUCAUAAUGAGAUAGUGGCACUAACAGAAAUUCGGCACCGAAACAUUGUGAAACUAUAUGGUUUUUGUUCAAGCACACAACACUCGUUGUUGAUGUAUGAAUACCUUGAGAAGGGCAGCUUGGCCACAAUCCUAAGCAAAGAAGAAGAAGCUAAAGAAUUGGAUUGGAGUAGAAGGGUGAAUAUUGUUAAAGGGGUUUCACAUGCCUUGGCAUACAUGCAUCAUGAUUGCUCACCGCCAAUUGUUCAUAGAGACAUAUCAAGCAAUAAUGUUUUGCUGGAUUUUGAUUAUGAAGCUCAUGUCUCUGAUUUUGGCACUGCUAAACUACUAAAGCAAGACUCAUCAAAUUGGACAAGCUUUGCAGGCACAUAUGGAUAUGUUGCACCAGAGCUUGCUUACACAAUGCAAGUGACCGAGAAAUGUGACGUCUAUAGUUUUGGAGUUUUAGCACUUGAAGUGAUCAAAGGAAAUCAUCCUGGUGAUUUCAUCUAUUCUGCAUUGUCCCCAUCGGCUAACAUAUUUUUGAAGGAUGUAUUGGACCAACGCCUUCAACCUCCCACGGGUGAGGUUCGGGAUGAAUUGAUAAAGAUUGUAACUAUUGCAACUGCUUGCUUACAUGCUAGUCCACAAUCUAGACCAACCAUGCUCAUGAUUUCUAGGCGGUUAUCAUCCUCAAUUGUGCAGAUUCCUACAACAGUCACAUCUGGAGAACUAGUCAGGGUCUAAAUCAUAAGGCUACUAUGUUUGCUACAAACAUAUGCACCUACAGACAUCAUCAAAUACCUUGAUAUCUCAUAAUGAUUCUCUGUGUAUAGACACAAUCUCCAUUUGCUUUUGAUGUGGAGAGUGAUCCAUGAAGAAAAAGAAACAUACACAAUCCAAAAUUGAUGUGAUUGAUGUUACUUGAAAGUUGAAACUUGAGGUGUAUAUGGCAUUUCAUGAAAUAGGUAUAAUGUGCAAAUUUGUAAGGCAUACUCAGCGGUAAAGCCACAUAUCUCCACAAAAAUCAAUGUACA